AUGUCAAGGUCGGCGACACCUUCCUUGCCUCUGCAUAAUGCACCAAACACCGACUCUUUACGGCCUCCUUCGACGACCCCUUUGACCGGACGCCCAAAUGCUCCCUCGUCGACAUCUACCUCGACGUAUUCCUGGUUGGAGCCUCACGAGACCGCCGAACGGCUCCGAACCUCUCUGUCGCAUGGCAUAACCCCCGCUGAGGCGGAGGUGCGCUUGGCACGAGAUGGACCCAACGAGCUCCCUCACGAAGAGCCGGAACCCCUAUGGCUACGAUUCGUCAAACAAUUCAAAGAGAGCCUCAUUCUCCUACUCCUUGGAUCCGCAGGAAUUUCAUUUAUAAUGGGCAACUAUGACGAUGCUAUCAGUAUCACCCUCGCAGUGACAAUCGUGGUGACAGUUGGGUUUGUCCAGGAGUACCGGUCGGAGCAGUCGUUGGAGGCGCUCAGUCGACUUGUGCCUCACUACGCCCAUUUGAUUCGCGACAUCCCGAAUGCAUCAUCUGCUGCGGCUGAAAAUGGCGGCACCCCGCCCUUGGACUCCGGAACGGAGAUGGACGAGCUCAAGAGCAAAAGCCCAAACUCCGCAUCUGCCGCGGUCAAGGCGUCCUCAACUGUUCCCGCUCAAGAAUUGGUCCCCGGAGAUCUAGUGCUCUUCACUACCGGGGAUCGAAUUCCUGCUGAUAUUCGGAUUACCGCUGCGACAGACCUUGGAAUCGACGAGUCGAACUUGACUGGCGAGAACGAACCUGUGACUAAAUAUGCCGAAGCUCUUCGCAGCACAUCCAAAGGAACCGCCCCAGUACCGAACACACCGGAGCCCCCUCGCUCGCCGUUCUACGAUGCACCGGCUACCGGUGCUGUUGGCGCUGACAUUCGCUUGAAUGAGCAGCACAACAUCGCGUUCAUGGGUACCUUGGUUCGAUCAGGCUAUGGUCAGGGUAUUGUCAUCUCGACUGGUGCUAAUACUGAGUUUGGCAGCAUUUCGGUUUCCCUGCAAGAAAUCGAGAGCCCCCGAACCCCACUUCAACUGUCCAUGGACCGAUUGGGUCAAGAGCUGAGCUAUAUCUCUUUCGGUGUCAUUGGGCUGAUUGUCGUUAUUGGUCUUUUGCAAGGUCGUAAACUUCUGGAAAUGUUCACGAUUGGUGUCUCGCUGGCUGUCGCCGCGAUUCCUGAAGGAUUGCCCAUUAUCGUGACUGUCACCCUUGCUCUGGGCGUUUUGCGUAUGGCCAAGAGAGGUGCGAUCAUGCGAAGACUGCCGAGUGUUGAGACCCUUGGUUCUGUGAAUGUGGUUUGCUCGGACAAAACUGGAACUUUGACCCUCAACCAUAUGACAGUCACCAAGAUGUGGCACUUUGACUGUGAGGAACCAUUUGAGGUGCAAAGGGACAUGAGCUCGGCCAUGGCCCCUGGACCUGCAGCACAGACUAUUCUUCGCGUUGGUAACAUUGCCAAUAACUCUCGAUUGUCGCGAAUCCAUGCCAACUCACCCGCCAGCGCAUCAUCUGCCGCUGUUCUUUCCUCGACUGUCAAUGGUGACUCUGCUGCCAAGAGUCGCUGGGUAGGCCAACCAACCGACGUUGCGAUUCUUGACUUGCUGGAUCACUUGGGUGAGGACGAUGUGCGUGACCGGAUCAGUGCUCGUGUCCAUGAAACACCAUUUAGCUCCGAGCGCAAAUGGAUGGGUGUCGUGAUUGGUAGCGCUUCUGGCUCGUAUGGGGGCUCCCCUGUUGCUUAUAUCAAGGGCGCCCUCGAACAAGUCCUAGCCCGCUCCGACACUUAUCUUACCAAAGACGGGCGCGAAGUCAUUUUAGAUGAACCACGGCGCCAAAUCAUCCGGACUGCGGCAGAAAACAUGGCUUCAGAAGGUCUCCGGGUCCUUGCUUUUGCAAGCGGGGCUGUUCGGGAAUCGAGAGGCAACAGAGGCUACCGAUCACCAAAAUCCGCUCAAGUCGAUGAAGACGAACGUUAUAACGGUCUGGUCUUUGCUGGACUGGUGGGUAUGAAUGAUCCGCCUCGCAAGGACGUACACAAAUCCAUUCGCCGCCUGAUGACAGGUGGUGUCAGGAUCAUCAUGAUUACUGGUGAUGCCGAGACAACAGCUGUGGCCAUUGCGAAGAAGCUUGGUAUGCCGAUCAGCGAUGCUCCCAACUCGCGCUCAGUCAUUCGAGGCGAUGAGCUCGAUCGUAUGACCUCCGCCGAACUUGCUCAGGCAAUUACAACAGUUUCGAUCUUUGCUCGGACGAGCCCAGACCACAAAUUGAAGAUUGUUCGUGCGCUGCAAUCCCGUGGCGAUGUGGUUGCCAUGACUGGUGACGGUGUCAACGAUGCACCUGCCUUGAAGAAGGCCGAUAUUGGUAUUUCCAUGGGCAAGCUUGGUACUGAUGUUGCCAAGGAGGCGGCAGAUAUGAUUCUCACCGAUGACGAUUUCUCGACGAUCUUGCGCGCGAUUGAACAGGGCAAGGGCAUUUUCUACAAUAUCCAAAACUUCAUCACGUUCCAGCUCAGUACAAGUGUGGCUGCGCUCAGUCUCGUGCUGCUCAGCACCACCUUUGGCUUCAAGAACCCGUUGAAUGCAAUGCAGAUCUUGUGGAUCAAUAUCCUCAUGGAUGGCCCACCAGCCCAAUCUCUCGGUGUGGAGCCCGUUGACCCGACAAUUAUGAACCGCCCGCCGCGACCCAAAACGGCUCGUGUUCUCACAAGACCUCUUAUUCAACGUGUUCUGACUCAAGCCCUGGUUAUCAUGAUUGGUACACUUUCCAUCUAUAUUCACGAAAUGGGUGACAUCACCGACGGAACCCCCGUCGACAAGCGUUCCCGAAUCGUGACGGCCCACGACACAACCAUGACUUUCACCUGCUUUGUUCUGUUCGACAUGUUCAACGCCCUGAGCUGCCGUAGCGAAGGAAAGUCCGUCCUGCGCGGCGAGAUCGCACUGUUCGGAAACAAAAUGUUCAAUUACGCUGUUCUUGGCUCCUUGGCCGGUCAGGCUUGUGUCAUCUACCUGCCUUUCUUGCAACGCAUCUUCCAAACCGAACCCCUCGGCUUCUCAUCUCUUGUCAAACUGGUGAUCCUGACUAGCUCGGUUUUCUGGGUUGAUGAAGGUCGCAAGUAUCUGCAUGCUAUGCGCCGUCGCCGUGGAGUCGGCCCGGGCUAUAGUGCCAACGUUUGA